AUGGCAUUAUGUAGAUGGGCAAGCUAUCCAGAUUUAUUUAUCACAUUUACUUGCAAUCCAGCAUGGCCUGAAAUCAUUAGACUUUGCCAACAAGAUAAUGUAAGUCCAUGUGAUCAACCAGAAAUAUUGUCCAGAGUUUUCAAAAUGAAAUUACGAUCUUUCAUGAAAACAUUAAGGGAGAAGAAGAUAUUUGGGACAAUUCGUGCAGAAGUUUACACUAUUGAAUUCCAAAAACGAGGCCUUCCACAUGCACAUAUCCUGUUAUUUCUUGAUGAAAAUGACAAAAUCAAGGAUCCAAAAGCCAUUGACCGGAUUAUUUCGGCUGAGAUUCCAUAUAAGCAUUCUUCUUCUAUUCUGUAUGACUUAGUUAAGAAGUAUAUGAUCCAUGGUCCAUGUGGAAUAGUUAACCCAAAAUCUCCUUGCAUGAAAGACAAGAAAUGUAGCAAAUACUUUCCAAAAAAGUUCAAUGAUGUUACCACAGUUGAUGAUGAUGGUUAUCCCACAUACAGAAGAAGAAAUGAUGGAAAAACAAUUGAAGUUAAAGGUGUCUGCUUAGAUAAUCGUUAUGUUGUUCCAUAUAAUCCUACCCUUCUGUGCAUGUUUCAAGGACAUAUAAAUGUCGAGAAGUGCAAUCAAUCUACUUCAAUUAAAUACUUAUUUAAAUAUAUUAGCAAAGGCAAUGAUAGAGUUGUCGCUACUAUAUUUGAUAAGGAUAACAACAAGGAUGAAAUUGUUGAUGAAAUAAGGCAAUAUUAUAGUUGUAGAUACAUAUCUGCAUGUGAAGCAUCAUGGCGUAUGUUUGGAUUUGAUAUCCAUUAUCGAUUUCCUCCGGUUGAAAGAUUGAGUUUCCACUUGCCAAAUCAACAAUAUGUAAUUUAUUCUAAUACUGAUGAUGUUGCGGACUUAUUACAAAGACCACGAGUUAGUGAGUCACAGUUUUUGGCUUGGAUGAAAAUGAACAAUGAUGAUGAUUUAGCGGCAAGUCUUACAUAUGCUGAAUUUCCUAAUUAUUAUGUUUAUCAAAAAGAUAAACACCAAUGGAAACGAAGAGAGAAGGAGUUUGCUGGUCCAACUUCAUUUGAUGAUAUCAAAACUGUUGAUGGAGUGAUUCAUGAUACUUUUAAAGCUGCAUGUUUUGCACAUGGACUCUUAGAAGAUGACAAUGAAUAUAUUGCUCCAAUAAAAGAAGCAUCAGUAUGGGCUUCAGGAUCUCAACUUCGAAGGCUUUUUGUAAGCAUGUUAUUAUGUUGCUCACUGCAACAUCUUGACACUGUAUGGAAAGAGACAUCACAUAUACUCUCAGAAGAUCUACUUCACAUACCUCCCAAUGAUCCUGUCCUCUCAGAUAUUCAUAUCUCAUUGUUUGAUAAAGAUAAUAUGGCUUUGAAAGAGAUUAAUAAUAUUCUUAGAGCAAAUGGGAAGACUCUUCAUGAAUUUCCAUCUCUUCCAUUGCCAUCGAAUACUCCAGUCAUUCAUAUAGCGAACCAUCUGAUAAUGCAAGAGUUAAAUUAUGAUAGAGAGUCUUUGAAAUUAAAGACUACCGCACUCAUGCAGAAGUUGAAUGACGAGCAGCGAAUCAUAUAUGAUAAUAUAUUAUCUGUAACAAAUCUACCUCAGGGUGGAUUUUUCUUUGUUUAUGGAUAUGGCGGUACUGGGAAGACAUUUCUCUGGAAUGUAUUAAUUACAACAUUACGGGCAAAGGGUGAGAUAGUUCUUCCAGUUGCAUCAAGUGGAAUAGCAGCAACAUUAUUACCAUCUGGAAGAACAGCACAUUCAAGGUUUGCAAUUCCUAUUCAAAUCAUUGAAUCUUCUGUAUAUGGGAUAAAACAAAAUUCACCACUAGCUAAUCUGAUUAAGUCCACAAAGUUAAUUAUAUGGGAUGAAGCACCUAUGGUUCAAAGAUAUUGCAUUGAAGCAUUUGAUAGAACAUUAAAGGAUAUCAUGCACUCUAACUUACCAUUUGGUGGGAAAUGCAUUGUUAUGGGUGGUGACUUUCGUCAGAUACUUCCAGUGAUACCAAAAGGGCAAUCAAAAGAUGGUGUUACAAAUAUUGAAAUCCCUAAACAGCUGUUACUCACAAACUAUGACAAUGCUCUUCAUGCAAUUGUACACAGCACUUACCCAGAUCUUCUUCAUAAUUUAGCGUCUCAUGACUAUUUCAAUGACAGAGCAAUCUUGGCUCCAACAAUUGAGAUG